AUGGCCGCAACUCAGAACAUUCGCGUAGCGCUGCCUAAGAGUGGCGUCAACGUGUUUUAUCGAGAGCAGGGUCCCACCUAUCCUUCGAAGACUAUUCUCCUUCUUCAUGGCUUCCCGUCAUCGUCGCAUCAGUAUCGGAACAUAAUUCCCUUACUCGCUACCAAGUAUCGAGUCAUUGCUCCAGACUUUCCUGGAUUCGGAUUUACCGAGACACCUGAAGGCUUCAAAUUCACGUUUGACUCGCUCACAGAUGUCCUUGCCGAGUUUCUAGACUUACUCUCCAUUACCAAAUUCUCUGUUUAUGUCUUCGACUAUGGCGCCCCAGUGGGUUUGCGCCUAGCACUGCGUCGCCCAGAGGCAGUUGAGGGAAUUAUUACACAAAAUGGAAAUGCCUAUGUGGAGGGUUUCGGCGACGUUUGGGGACCUAUCAAAGAUUUCUGGGCCAGCAAGAAUACUUCGGAUGACCGAUCCAAGCUGGCGGAUGCCAUGUUGAACUUUGACAUUACAAAGUUCCAAUACGAGAAUGGUACUCCAGACCUUCAGACAAUUGCGCCCGAAUCCUAUACACUGGAUUACGCUUUGCUGCAACGCCCAGGCAGGAAGGACGCCCAACUCGAUCUCUUUAUGGACUAUCAAAAUAACGUCCCGUUGUAUGAGAAAUUUCACGAGUACUUCCGGUCCUCUCAAGUCCCUCUAUUGGCAAUUUGGGGCAGAAACGAUGUGUUUUUCAUCCCUCCCGGGGCUGAAGCAUAUAAGAGAGAUUUGCCUAACGCAACAGUUAAACUAAUUGACGCUGGUCAUUUUGCGGUUGAGAGUGAUGGGCCGUUGAUUGCGAAGGAGGUGGCAGAAUUCCUAGGAUAG